AUGGUAGAUUUAUCGAUUACUCACUGGCAGAUGGUAGACCAACCUAUUCAAAGACUCCAGUUGAUAUCAACCACACCUUCAUCCGAUCAUGACGAUUGUAUUGAUUGGUAUCACAUUGGCUCAAUGUCAAUCGACCCAGACUUUACACCAUUACUAACUCCCUCCUCUGGUGACGACUGCAACAAAGCAGACCAAAAGUGGAAAAUUAUUGUUGGAGUUGUGGUUGGUGUAAUCGGAGGAGCAGCCGUUGCAUUUAUAUUGGUUGUUAGUGCUAAAAGAGCUAGAUGGUAUUAUAUUAGAAACAGAUCAGCAACUAUUAAAAUGAAACAAACACAUUAA